AUGGAUGACUCCACGCAGCCCCUUCUCACAACCAAAGCAAAAGACAAACACCAUGAAACCAAGACACCGCCAUCCACCACCGCGGUGUUUACCGCCGCAGCUCCUGACAUGGAUCCAAUCACUAGUCCAAAAGAAUUUCUCAAACAGUUCGUGUUCGAGUCAAAGAUGCUCUGGUACCUCGCUGGACCAGCCAUCUUCUCGUUUGUCUCGAAAUACUCACUUGGUGCCGUUACUCAAAUAUUUGCUGGCCAUUUUAGUACCAUCGAUCUCGCCGCCGUGUCGGUGGAAAACUCCCUCAUCGCUGGCUUUUCCUUCGGCUUGAUGCUUGGAAUGGGAAGCGCACUGGAAACUCUAUGUGGACAAGCAGUAGGAGCAGGAAAAGUGGACAUGUUAGGAAUAUACAUGCAAAGAUCAUGGGUCAUACUAUUUUCCAUGACAUUUCCACUAUGCUUCAUAUACAUCUUCGCAGGAACCAUUCUAAAACUAAUAGGACAAACAACUCAAAUCUCCGAGGCUGCCGGAACAUUUGCUUUAUGGAUGAUACCGCAAUUAUUUGCUUACGCGUUGAAUUUUCCGGUGGCGAAAUUCCUACAAGCGCAAAGUAAGGUGAUUGUGAUUGCGGUUAUAUCGGGGGUUGCUAUGGUGUUGCAUCCGGUGUUUAGUUGGUUGUUGAUGGUGAAGUUUGGGUGGGGAUUGGUGGGUGCGGCGGUGGUUCUUAAUGGAUCUUGGUGGUUUAUUGUGGUGGCUCAGUUAGGGUAUGUGUUUAGUGGAAAAUGUGGAGUGGCUUGGAAUGGCUUUUCUUUUGAAGCGUUUAGGAAUCUUUGGGGAUUCUUUCGCCUUUCUAUGGCUUCUGCUGUGAUGCUCUGUUUGGAAACGUGGUACUUUAUGGCACUCAUUUUAUUUGCUGGAUAUCUCGAAAAUGCAGAAGUCUCCGUUGACGCCUUCUCUAUAUGUAUGAAUAUACUAGGCUGGACCAUCAUGGUGUCUUUUGGGAUGAACGUUGCCAUAAGUGUGAGAAUCUCAAAUGAACUUGGAGCAACUCACCCAAGAACAGCAAGAUUUUCGCUGGUGGUUGCCGUGAUUACGUCAGUUUUCGUAGGACUCUUGUUGGCUCUUGUUUUGAUCCUAUCGCGAGAUAAGUAUCCUGCUUUUUUUACCAAUGAUACAGAAGUGGCGGAUCUAGUUAGGGAUCUAACGCCCUUAUUAGCCUUAUGCGUUGUCAUUAAUAAUGUUCAACCCGUUCUUUCUGGGGUAGCCAUUGGGGCUGGAUGGCAAACUGUUGUGGCAUAUGUGAACAUUACUUGCUAUUAUUUAUUUGGAAUUCCAGUAGGUCUUAUAUUAGGUUACAAGAUUAAUUUAGGAGUCAAGGGAAUUUGGUGUGGAAUGAUGUCAGGAACUAUACUGCAGACAUGUGUUCUUUUAGUAAUGAUUUACAAAACUAAUUGGAACACAGAGGCCUCCCUUGCUGAAGAUAGGAUAAGGAAUUGGGGUGGGGGCCAAGAAGUGAGUGAAACCAACAUCGAAAACAUAUAA